UUCGCCUAAAUUUCUCCACGGCGAUCCACACGCAAAAGUGAGAAAGUUCUAGUUUACGAGCUUGCUUUCGAUCUGGUUGUCAUCGAACCCGUGGUCGUGUCAGCGAUUGAAAGAUUUAUUCCGUAACGUUAUCCAGUUCGUAUUGGUGAUCGAAUGAUACCUUUUCCGGAAAAUUGUGACGUCUUUUGGUCUUCAAGGGCUGUAAAUACACAGCAUCGUCCAUCCACUCCUGAUCGCACUCGAGCCCGUGGAUCUUCAUCAACCUAAUCGAGACUUUACCCAGUGCUUGGACACUAAACUUGAACCAGCAUCAACGUGUGACAAAACAACUGCUAACCAGACGAGUAACUCGACAAACUAUACAUGCUGUAAUUAGUUUGGAUCACUCGAGCGAGCAGCAUGGGGAAUAAAGCCUCGGCAAGUUUUUCGGUCGAGGCAUCGGCGUCAGCCUCUGUGGAUGCCGAUGUGGCGGCGGGGGAGCCUGCUAAGAAGAAGAGAAAGCUAAGUUUCAACCGUGUUCUUCGGAACUCAUUUCGUCGAUCGGGCCGGGAACGACGAAGUAAGCGACGAGGAGGACGCGGAGCCGAAGCGGGCGCACAUGUCAGUGUGGAAGCCGAGAAGCCCAACAUCGACAUGGAUAUCGACACAUCAGCUGGUGCCGGGGCUGGAGUGGGCGUGGGCGUCGGACUGGGAGCAGGAUUGAGCGCAGAAGGAGGUGCCGGAGCAAGUGCAGGUGGUGGAGCCGCAGUAAAAGGAAAGGCACCACUAGCAGUAGACGAAUUCGCACAGGCUCAACCAGACCUUGAUACAGACGCAAGUGCCGGGAUGUCUGUAGGAGGGUCAGUCGGCGGUGAUCUACCAUCAGCUUCUGUUGGAUUCGGCUUACCAUCAGCAUCACUCUCUGUCGGGGGGAGUGGUAAUGCUGGUUCCGAUGCUUCAGCAGGAGCUGGUGUUGGUCUAAGUGGAGACGCUCCGUCAGCCAAAGUUGACCUGGGAGGAGCAGGAGAUGUAGAUAUGGAUGUUGGAGGAAGAGGCGAUGCCAGUCUAAACGUCGAUGCACCACACAUUCAUGCUGGCAAAACAGGGAAGGGCUCAUUACCAAGAGGAGUCUUCAAAAAGAAAGGAGGUGCAGCAGCCAAAGGAGACAUCAGUGGGGAUGCUUCUUUACCAGAUGCAGAUGUUUCACUGAACCUUGGAGCUAAAUCAAAACGACGGAAGAGGAAGCGGCCAGGUUUUUUUGCGAAAUUGGGAUUCGGUGGUGAUUCAUCAUCAUCGUCCAGUGACUCGUCUGAUGAUGAGGGUGAAGGAAACAUAAAACUAAAAGGACCCAAAUUUGGAGGAGGAAUUUCUGGUGAUGCCAAAAUGGAUGCUGAUGUACCGCAGGGUGGUGCCUCUGCUGGACUUGAUAUUAAUGCUCCAAGUGGAAAUAUUGGUGCAUCAUUACCAUCCGGUGAUGCAUCAUUGGAAGUCAAACCAGAAGUGGAUGCUUCAGUCAAAAUGGGAAAACCAAAAAAAUCAAAGAAAGGAUUUGGAUUUGGAUUCUCCUUGCCAUCACCCAAGUCCAGUGGAUCAGGCAAUGCAAACAUUGGUGGUGGGGUGAAGGGAGAAGUUCCAAGCAGUGAUGUAUCCAUAGGUGGAGGACCAGACAUUGGAGGAGGACUCGGUGGUGGUAUUGGGGGUGAUGUCGGUGUUGAUGUAAAUGGAUCAGAUGCAAAUGUAGGCCUUGAGGGAGAUGCUGAUAUAGAUAGAAAAGGAAAGGGAAUGAAGUUUGGUUUCAAAAUGCCAUCAUUCGGUGGAAAGGUGAAGAGUCCAAAGGCAGAUGUAAAAGCCGGUUUACCAUCAGGAGAUUUGGAUAUGAAAGGAGAUUUGCCAUCUGGAGAUAUUGGAGGAGGACUCAAAGUUGAUGCCGAUUUACCAUCUGCAGGCAUAAACAUUGGAGGUGAUGUGCCAUCAGCUGGUGUUAAUGUAGGAGGAGAUAUUGAUACUCCUAAAGGUGGAUUAGGACUUGGAGGGGGAGGAGGCAUAGAUAUCAAUGCUCCUAAAGUAGGCAUCAAAGCAGGUGGUGAUGCCAAUCUUCCAUCAGGAGGAGUCAGUGUGAACCUACCAUCUGGAGGAAUCGAUGCUCCUAAAGGGAGCUUUGGUCUAGGAGGCAUUGAUGCAGGUGGGAACAUUGGUGGUGGAGUUGAUAUACCUUCAGCAGACCUCAAGGCUGGUGGAGAUGUAAAGAUGCCAGAAGGAAGCAUGGGAUUUGGUGGAGGAGGGGAUAUUGGAGGUAAAUUACCAUCUGCUGGUGUCAAAAUUGGAGGUGGUUUAGGUGGCGGAAUGGACAUGCCAUCUGGAGACCUCAAGGCUGGUGGAGAUGUAAAGUUGCCUGAAGGAAGCAUAGGACUUGGUGGAGGAGGGGAUAUUGGAGGUAAAUUACCAUCUGCUGGUGUCAACAUUGGAGGAGGUAUUGGAGGUGGUCUAGGUGGCGGAAUGGACAUGCCAUCUGGAGACCUCAAGGCUGAUGGAGAUGUAAAGUUGCCUGAAGGAAGCAUAGGACUUGGUGGAGGAGGGGAUAUUGGAGGUAAAUUACCGUCUGCUGGUGUCAACAUUGGGGGAGGUAUUGGAGGUGGUCUAGGUGGCGGAAUGGACAUGCCAUCUGGAGACCUGAAGGCUGGUGGAGAUGUAAAGAUGCCGGAAGGGAGCAUGGGACUUGGUGGAGGAGGGGAUAUUGGAGGUAAAUUACCAUCUGCUGGUUUCAACAUUGGAGGAGGUAUUGGAGGUGGUUUAGGUGGCGGAAUGGACAUGCCAUCUGGAGACCUCAAUGCUGGUGGAGACGUAAAGUUGCCUGAAGGAAGCAUAGGACUUGGUGGAGGAGGGGAUAUUGGAGGUAAAUUACCAUCUGCUGGUGUCAAAAUUGGAGGUGGUUUAGGUGGCGGAAUGGACAUGCCAUCUGGAGACCUCAAGGCUGGUGGAGAUGUAAAGUUGCCUGAAGGAAGCAUAGGUCUAGGUGGAGGAGGGGAUAUUGGAGGUAAAUUACCAUCUGGAGGAGUAAAGAUAGGUGGAGAUGCGGACAUGCCAUCAGGUGGCAUUGGUAUAGAAGGAAGCCUUGGAGGAGCUGGUUUACCCUCAGGUGGUAUAGAAAUGAAAGGAGACGUAGAUGGUCCUUCCUUGCCAUCAGGUGGGAUCGGAAUCGGUGGCAAGGGUGAUGCCCCAGAUGCGGACUUUGAUAUGGAUCUUGGAGUAAAACCAAAGAAGAGAAAAAAGAAAGGUGGGUUUAGUUUCAAGUUCCCUAAAUUUGACUUCAACUUUGGCGGUGGAGGAGAUGCUAAAAUGGAUGCUGAUUCUGAUGUCAAGGCUGGAGCUGAUGUUGACAUUGAUACCCCAAAGCUAAAGGGAGAUGUCGAUGCAGGAGGGAAAAAGAAGGGAAAGUUUGGAUUCGGCUUCAAAGGACCCAAGUUUGGAGGUGAUGGAGGAGCUGGGGUUGAUGCAGAUCUUGAUGUUGCCAAGCCUGAAGUUGAUGUUAAUGUAAAAACUGCCAAACCAAAGGUCGGUGGAGACAUUGACCUGCCAUCUGGAGGAGUUGGAUUAAAUAUUGGAGGAGGAAUCGAUGGUGGAGUUGAUGGUGACUUUAAAGCACCUUCUGGGGGAAUAGGAGGUGGUCUUGAAGGGGGAGCUGGUAUUGGUGUCAAAGGUCCAGAUCUUGAUAUUGCUACUCCCGAAGCUGAUAUCAACAUCAAAUCUGCGAAACCUGACAUCAACAUGGGAGGAAGUUCAAAAUUGCCAUCAGGAGGAGUAGGAAUCGAUGUUGGAGGUGGCAUCGGUGGAGGAAUUGGAGGUGGUACUGGAGAAAUAGACAUUGAUGCCAAAGGUCCAGAUGUUGACAUAAAAGGACCAAAAGUUGAAGGUGAUAUAUCUGGCCCCAACCUAGAUAUUGAUGGACCAGACCUCAACAUCAGUGGAAGUGGAAAGAAAAAAAGUAAAGGGUUUGGAUUUGGACUGAAAAUGCCAAAGUUUAAUGCACCUAACUUCAGUUUUGGUGGUGGUGGCAAAGGUGAUAUUGAUGUGGGUGGAAAUGUGAAUGUUGACAAACCUGAAGCUGAUAUCGACAUUGAGACUGAAAAGCCCAACGUUGGAGGAGGAAUUGGUGGAGGGUUGAAUAUUGAUGCCAGUGGAGAUGCAGAUCUUCCAUCAGGAGGAGUUGGCUUAGAUGUCAGUGCUGGGGCAAAAGGUGGCAUUGAUGCUGACCUACCAAAAGGAGAGAUAGAUGGACCUGAUGUUAGUGUUAAGGGUCCAAAAGUAAAAGGACGAGGUAGUGGAAAGAAAAAGCACAAAGGUUCAUUUGGAUUUGGCAUUAAAAUGCCCAAAUUCCAUGGGUUCGGAGGUCAUGGUAAAGGGGACGUUGAUGUCAAUGCAGGUGUUGAUAUUGAUGCACCUGAAAUAGAUGCUAAACUAAAAGCCGAGGGACCAGAUAUUGGAGGUGGACUGCAUGGUGGAGCAGGAAUUGGAGGAGGACUUGAAAGUGGGAUAAAUAUUGAUGGCAAAGGCCCAGAUGCUGAUCUUUCAAUUGGAGGUGCUGGUGCUGGUGUUGAUGUUGAGGGACCAAAAGUUGAAGGUGACAUCUCGAGUCCAGACCUAGAUGUAAGUGGACCUGAUCUUGACAUCAGUGGAAAGAAGAAGGGCAAAGGUGGAUUUGGAUUCGGCUUGAAAAUGCCCAAAAUUCAUGGACCAAAUUUCGGAUUUGGAGGCAAAGGUGAUGUUGAUUUAGAUGCAGAUGUUGAUGUCGCCAAGCCUGAAGCUGAUAUCAAAGUGAAGACUGGCAAGCCUGAUAUUGGAGGAGGAGUAGACCUACCUUCAGGAGAAGCUGGAUUAGAUGUUGGAGGAGGAAUAGGCGGAGGAAUCAACAUUGAUGGCAAAGGACCUGAUGUUGAUAUUAAAGGGCCAAAAGUCAAAGGAGACAUCUCAGGUCCAGACCUAGAUGUAAGUGGACCUGAUCUCGACAUUGAUGGAAAGAAGGGUAAAGGUGGAUUUGGCUUUGGAUUGAAAAUGCCCAAAUUUGGAUUUGGAGGCGAUGGCAAAGGUGAUAUUGAUGUUGAUGCAGAUGUCAACGUUGCCAAACCUGAAGCUGAUAUCAAAGUGAAAACUGGCAAGCCUGAUAUUGGAGGAGGAGUAGAUCUGCCUUCUGGAGGAGCUGGAUUAGAUGUUGGAGGAGGAAUUGGUGGAAAGAUCGGAGGGGGACUUAGUAUUGAUGGCGACGGACCUGAUGUUGACAUUAAAGGGCCAAAAGUUGAAGGUGAAAUCUCGGGCCCAGACCUAGAUGUAAGUGGACCUGAUCUUGACAUUGAUGGAAAGGAGGGCAAAGGUGGAUUUGGCUUUGGAUUGAAAAUGCCCAAAUUCGGAUUUGGGGGUGAUGGCAAAGGUGAUAUUGAUGUAGAUGCUGAUGUCAACGUUGCCAAACCUGAAGCUGAUAUCAAAGUGAAAACUGGCAAGCCUGAUAUUGGAGGAGGAGUAGAUCUGCCUUCUGGAGAAGCUGGAUUAGAUGUUGGAGGUGGAAUUGGAGGAGGAAUUGGAGGAAUUGGCGGAGGACUUGACAUUGAUGGAAACGGACCUGAUGUUGAUAUUAAAGGGCCCAAAGUUGAAGGUGACAUUUCGGGCCCAGACCUAGAUGUAAGUGGACCUGAUUUUGAUAUUGGUGGAAAGAAGAAGGGUAAAGGAGGAUUUGGCUUUGGAUUGAAAAUGCCCAAACUCGGAUUUGGAGGUGAUGGCAAAGGUGAUAUUGAUGCAGAUGUUGGUGUUGCCAAACCAGAAGCUGAUAUCAAAGUGAAGACUGGCAAGCCUGAUAUUGGAGGAGGAGUAGACCUGCCUUCUGGAGAAGCUGGAUUUGAUGUUGGAGGAGGAAUUGGCGGAGGCCUCAACAUUGAUGGGGAUGGCCCUGAUGUCGAUAUUGAAGGGCCAAAAGUUGAAGGUGACAUCUCAGGUCCAGACCUCAAUGUAAGUGGACCUGAUCUUGAUAUUGGUGGAAAGAAGAAGGGGAAAGGUGGAUUUGGAUUUGGAAUAAAAAUGCCCAAAUUGCAUGGACCUAAUUUCGGAUUUUCAGGCAAAGGGAAAGGAGAUGUUGAUGUAGAUGGAGAUGUUGAAAUAAAGAAACCUGAUGCUGAAUUCAGUGGAGAUGCAGACAUUCCAUCUGGAGGAGUCGACUUAAAUGUCAGUGGUGGAGCAGGAGUCGAUGUUGAUAAUGACCUUCCUAAAGGAGAUGUUUCUUUUGAUGGACCUGAUGCUGACCUAAAAAGUCCAAAAUUCAAAGGCAGGGGCAGUGGAAAGAAGAAAAACAAAAAACACAAAGGUUCAUUCGGAUUUGGCAUAAAAAUGCCGAAAUUCCACGGGUUCGGAGGUCAUGGUAAAGGGGACGUUGAUGUUAAUGCAGGUGUUGAUAUUCAUGCACCUGAAAUAGAUGCCAAACUAAAAGCUGAGGGACCAGAUAUUGGAGGUGGACUGGAUGGAGGAGCAGGAAUUGGAGGAGGACUUGAAGGCGGGAUAAAUGUUGAUGGCAAAGGCCCAGAUGCUGAUCUUUCCAUUGGAGGUGCUGGUGCUGGUGUUGAUGUCGAGGGGCCAAAAGUUGAAGGUGACAUCUCAAGUCCAGACCUCGAUGUUAGUGGACCUGAUCUUGACAUCAGUGGAAAGAAGAAGGGCAAAGGUGGAUUUGGAUUGAAAAUGCCAAAAUUUCAUGGACCUAAUUUCGGAUUUGGAGGCAAAGGUGAUAUUGAUGUAGAUGCAGAUGUCAAUGUCGCCAAACCUGAAGCUGAUAUCAAAGUGAAGACUGGCAAGCCUGAUAUUGGAGGAGGAGUAGACCUACCUUCAGGAGAAGCUGGAUUAGAUGUUGGAGGAAGAAUAGGUGGAGGAAUCAACAUUGAUGGGGAAGGACCUGAUGUUGAUAUUAAAGGGCCAAAAGUUGAAGGUGACAUCUCAGGUCCAGACCUCGAUGUAAGUGGACCUGAUCUUGACAUUGAUGGAAAGAAGAAGGGUAAAGGUGGAUUUGGCUUUGGAUUGAAAAUGCCCAAAUUUGGAUUUGGAGGUGAUGGCAGAGGUGAUAUUGAUGUAGAUGCAGAUGUCGAUGUUGCCAAACCUGAAGCUGAUAUCAAAGUAAAGACUGGCAAGCCAGAUAUUGGAGGAGGAAUUGGUGGAGAAAUUGGAGGAGGACUCAGCAUUGAUGGGGAAGGUCCUGAUGUCGAUAUUAAAGGGCCAAAAGUUGAAGGUGACAUUUCGGGUCCAGACCUUGAUGUAAGUGGACCUGAUCUUGACAUUGAUGGAAAGAAGAAGGGUAAAGGUGGAUUUGGAUUUGGGUUGAAAAUGCCCAAAAUUCAUGGACCUAAUUUUGGAUUUGGAGGCAAAGGUGAUAUUGAUGUCGAUGCAGAUGUCGAUGUUCCCAAACCUGACGCUGAUAUCAAAGUCAAGUCUGGCAAGCCAGAUAUUGGAGGAGGAGUAGACCUGCCUUCUGGAGAAGCCGAGUUAGAUGUUGGAGGUGGAAUAGGCGGAGGAAUUGGCGGAGGCCUUGACAUUGAUGGGGAUGGUCCUGAUGUCAAUAUUAAAGGACCAAAAGUUGAAGGUGACAUCUCAGGUCCAGACCUAGAUGUCAGUGGACCUGAUCUUGACAUCAGUGGAAAGAAGAAAGGUAAAGGUGGAUUUGGCUUUGGAUUGAAAAUGCCCAAAUUCGGAUUUGGAGGUGAUGGCAAAGGCGACAUUGAUGUAGAUGCAGAUGUCGAUGUCCCCAAACCUGAAGCUGAUAUCAAAGUAAAGACCGGCAAACCUGACAUUGGAGGAGGAGUAGAUCUGCCUUCUGGAGGAGCUGAAUUAGAUGUUGGAGGUGGCAUUGGAGGAGGAAUUGGCGGAGGACUAAACAUUGAUGGGGAAGGCCCGGAUGUCGAUAUUAAAGGGCCAAAAGUUGAAGGCGACAUUUCGGGUCCAGACCUCGAUGUUAGUGGACCUGAUCUUGACAUUGGUGGAAAGAAGAAGGGUAAAGGUGGAUUUGGCUUUGGAUUGAAAAUGCCCAAAAUUCAUGGACCUAAUUUCGGAUUUGGAGGCAAAGGAGAUAUUGAUGUAGACGCAGAUGUUGAUGUCGCCAAACCUGAAGCUGAUAUCAAAGUAAAGACGGGCAAGCCUGAUAUUGGAGGAGGAGUAGACCUACCUUCUGGAGAAGCUGGAUUUGAUGUUGGAGGAGGAAUUGGCGGAGGCCUUAACAUUGAUGGGGAAGGCCCUGAUGUCGAUAUUAAAGGGCCAAAAGUUGAAGGUGACAUCUCGAGUCCAGACCUCGAUGUUAGUGGACCUGAUCUUGACAUUGGUGGAAAGAAGAAGGGUAAAGGUGGAUUUGGCUUUGGAUUGAAAAUGCCCAAAAUUCAUGGACCUAAUUUCGGAUUUGGAGGCAAAGGUGAUAUUGAUGUAGAUGCAGAUGUUGAUGUCGCCAAACCAGAAGCUGAUAUCAAAGUGAAGACUGGCAAGCCCAACAUUGGAGGAGGAGUAGAUCUGCCUUCCGGAGAAGCUGGAUUAGAUGUUGGAGGAGGAAUAGGAGGAGGGAUUGGCGGAGGACUUAACAUUGAUGGUGACGGACCUGAUGUUGAUAUUAAAGGGCCCAAAGUUGAAGGUGACAUCUCUGGCCCAGACCUAGAUGUAAGUGGACCUGAUCUUGACAUUGGUGGAAAGAAGAAGAGUAAAGGUGGAUUUGGGUUUGGAUUGAAAAUGCCCAAAUUUGGAUUUGGAGGUGAUGGCAAAGGUGAUAUUGAUGUAGAUGCAGAUGUUGAUGUUGCCAAACCAGAAGCUGAUAUCAAAGUGAAGACUGGCAAGCCUGACAUUGGAGGAGGAGUAGAUCUGCCUUCCGGAGAAGCUGGAUUAGAUUUUGGAGGAGGAAUUGGCGGAGGACUUAACAUUGAUGGUAACGGACCUGAUGUUGAUAUUAAAGGGCCAAAGGUUGAAGGUGACAUCUCUGGCCCAGACCUAGAUGUAAGUGGACCUGAUCUUGACAUCGAUGGCAAAAAGAAAGGUAAAGGUGGAUUUGGAUUCGGAAUAAAAAUGCCCAAAAUUCAUGGACCUAAUUUCGGAAUGGGAGGCAAAGGCGAUCUUGAUGUAGAUGCAGAUGUUGAUGUGGUGAAACCUGAAGGUGAUAUCAAAGUUAAGACUGGCAAACCUGAUAUUGGAGGUGGCAUUGACUUGCCUUCUGGAGAAGCUGGACUUGGAGGAAAAGUAGCAGUAGGAAAUGUUGAUAUUGAAGGCCCUAAUGCUAACCUUGAUGUAGAUAUUAAAGGACCAAAAGUAAAGAAAGGAAGCAAAGGAAAGGGAAAAUUCAAACUUGGAAGUUUUAAGUUUGGGUCUAAAGAACCAGAUGCAGACCUUGCAGGAAAAGUUGAUGUUAAGUCUCCAGAUCUUGAUCUGUCAGGUGAUGGGAAAAUUGAAGGCCCUGAUGCUUCCCUUAAUGGUGCCAGCCUUGACAUAGAUGCUCCUGAUGCUGGGUUUAGCCUUGGUGGAAAGAAAGGAAAGUACAAAAUAUCUGGAGGAGGAAAGAAAGAUAAAGGCUUUGGGAUAGGUGGCAAGUUCAAGGCCGGAGGAGAUGCUGAUUUACCAAGUGGUGGUGCCUCACUUGAUGCCCCAGAAGGGAAACUAGGUGGUGACAUCAAUGCUGAUAUUAAAGGAGAUAUUGAUGUAAAUGCACCAGAUGUCAAUAUUGGAGCAGGUGUAAAGGGGAAGAAGAAGAAGAAAAGAAAGAGCAAAAAAUUUGGAUUUGGUGGUUUCAAGCUUGGAUUUGGAGGUGGUGGUGAUCACACAUCUUCCUCAUCAUCUGAUUCAAGUUCAGAUGAAGAUGGUGAUGGACAUGGAGGUUUUGGAUUUGGAUUCAAAGGUCCAAAGCUUGGUGGAGAUGCCGGUGGUGACUUAAAUGUAAAAGGGCCUGAUGUGAAUAUUGGUGUAAAUGGAGAAUUACCAGAUGUUAAAACUGAUAUCAAUGGGGGUGGAGGAAUAGAUGGAGCUUUAGAACUUGAUAAACCGGAUCUCAAUGCAAGUGGUGGGAUUUCCGUCAGUGGCCCGGAAAUUGAUGCAAAGUUGAAAGCAGACAAACCAGACCUAUCAGGUGACGUAGAUGGUGGAAUCAAAGGUGGCAUUGGUGGGGGUAUUGACAUUGAGGGACCUGAUGCAGGAAUAGGAGUCAAGGGAGGUCUAGGAGGAGAUGGUGGAAUCAAGCUAGGUGGUGAUUUGGAUGGAAAAGGGAAACUGGAAGGAGGCAUUGGACUACCAUCUGGAAACGCAUCAUUAAGUGGUCCAGACAUAGAUGUGAGUGGAAAGGGCAUUGAUAUUACUAAACCAGACGUGGAUGUGACUGGAGGCAUUGGUGGUGGAAUAGAAGGUGGCAUUGGAGGAGAUGGUGGAAUUGGUCUCAAUGUCAAGAAACCUGACCUUGAUGUCUCUGGAGGAAUGGGAAUCGACAUCAAAGGUCCUGAUGUUUCCAUUGGAGGUGGUGGAGAUGCAGACUUGUCAGGAGAUCUGAGUGUGAGUUCCCCAGAGGGCAAAGUCAACUUUGAUGGUAAAGGGAAGAAAAAGAGCAAAAAGAAGGGUGGUUUCUUUGGUCUGAAUCUGGGCUUUGGAGGAUCUGAUUCUGAUGAUGACAAGAAAGAUAUCAAGCUUGGUGGUGGCAUUGGAGCAGACAUUGAUGCAAAGGGACCUGAAAUAAAAGGUGGAAGUGAUCUAAGUGGUGGAUUAGAUGGCAAGGUUAGUCUUGGUGGAGGUGGCAUUACCAUUGGUUCUGCUGAUGUAGAUGCUGGCCUUGAUGUAGUCAAGCCUGAAGCAGAUAUUAAUAUAAAAGCAUCCAAGCCAGAGGCUAACAUCGGUGCAGACAUUGGUGUUGGUGAUAUAAAAGGUGCGAAUAUUGAUCUUGAAGGGCCUAAAGGAGACAUUGGAGGUGACUUUAAUAUUGGUGGCAAGAAGAAAGGUUCAGGCAAAAAGGGAAAAGGGGGAUUUCACUUUGGCAAGGUGAAAUUAGGAGGUGGAACCAAAGGACAUGUGAAUGGAGAUGCUGAUCUUGAUGCCCCAGAAAUCUCGGCAGGUAUAGGGGGAGAUGCCAAUAUAAGUGGAGAUGCCAGUUCACCCGAUGUGGAUCUUAAAGGUCCGGACAUAGAUACACCGUCAGGUGGCUUUGGCAUUGGCUUUGGAAAGAAAGACAAGAAAGGAGGCUCUGGAAAGAAGGACAAAAAGGGAAAAUUCAAGAUCGGUGGUAAAUUAGGAUUUGGAGGCUCAGGAGGUGCAGAUAUAGAUGCAGAAGCACCAUCUAGUGGCAUUGGUGAUGCAGACAUAUCUGUGGAACCUCAGGUUGACAUAAACAUCAAAUCUGCUAAACCAGACAUUAAUGUACCAGAUGCUUCUGUUGAUGUCAAAGGCCCUGAAAUUGAUGCCCCAUCUGGUGGAUUCGGAUUCGGAUUUGGCAAGAAAGGAAAAAAAGGCUCUGGAAAGAAAGAUAAAAGUGGAAAGUUCAAGAUUGGAGGAAAACUUGGAUUUGGAGGGUCAGGAGGAGCUGAUGCAGAUAUCAAAGCACCUGAAGCUGAUGUAAAGCUUCCGUCAGGAGGGAUUGAUGCUAAUGGAGACAUGGAUAUUUCUGUUAAACCUGAAAUAGAUGCCAACAUCAAGUCCAGUAAGCCAGGUGGAGGUAUUGGAUUUGGGGGUGGAUUGAACAUCGGAGGAGGUGAUCUUGAUGUCAAUGUUGACAAGCCUAAACUUGAUAUUGGAGGUGGCAUUGGUGCUGGGACAAAUGGAGAAGUAGAUGUCAAUGUAGCUGGAGGUGGACUAGAUAUUGAUAAGCCAGAUCUGAAAAUGGGAAUUGAUGCUGAAGCCAACAAACCAGAUAUUAGUCUCGGAGGAGGUGGAGGUGGCUUUGGCAUUGGAGGAGAUGUUGCUAUUGAUAAGCCAGAUAUUGAUAUUGGGGGAAGUGGUAAACUAGGUGGAGAUGUCAGUGCUGGAGAUGGGUUAGAUGCAAAAAUUGAUAUUGACAGGCCAGACAUUGGAGCAAAGAAAGAUAAGAAAGGAAAAUUCGGAUUUGGCUUUGGCUUUGGCAAAUCUAAGAAGGAUGGUUCCAGCAGUUCUAGCAGUUCCUCAAGCAGCAGUUCUGAUUCCAGUGACUCUGAAGAAAAGAAAGAAUCCAAAAAGAAGAAAAAGAAGAAGGGUAAAAAAGGAUUUGGAUUUGGCUUUGGCUUUGGAGGAGGAAAGGGAGAUGCUAAAGUAGACAUUCCAAAACCCAAGAUUGAUGUGGAAGGUGGAGGAGCCAAAUCAGACACUAAACUUGGAGGAGGAAUUGGAAUAGGAGGAUCCCUUGGUGGGGGAGGAGUAGACAUAGAUGCUAAUGUUGGAAAACCAGAGAUCAGCCUUGGAGGAGUAGGUGUAGAUGCUAAUGUUGGAAAACCAGACAUCAGCGUGGGAGGAGGGCUUGGAGGAGGAGUAGAUGUAGAUGCUGGUGUUGGAAAACCAGACAUCAGCCUUGGAGGAGGACUUGGAGGAGGAGUAGACGUAGAUGCUAAUGUUGGAAAACCAGAUAUCAGCCUUGGAGGAGGACUUGGAGGUCUGGGUGGAGGAGUAGACAUAGAGGCUAAUGUUGGAAAACCAGACGUCAGCGUGGGAGGAGGGCUUGGAGGAGGAGUAGAUGUAGAUGCUGGUGUUGGAAAACCAGACAUCAGCCUUGGAGGAGGGCUUGGAGGUCUGGGUGGAGGAGUAGACGUAGAUGCUAAAGUUGGAAAACCGGACAUCAACCUAGGAGGUCUUGGAGGUGGAGUAGACGUAGAUGCUAAUGUUGGAAAACCAGACAUCAACCUUGGAGGAGGACUUGGAGGAGGUCUUGGAGGUGGAGUAGACGUAGAUGCUAGUGUUGGAAAACCAGACAUCAGCCUUGGAGGAGGAUUUGGAGGUCUGGGUGGAGGAGUAGACAUAGAUGCUAAUGUUGGAAAACCAGACAUCAACCUUGGAGGAGGUCUUGGAGGUGGAGUAGACAUAGAUGCUAGUGUUGGAAAACCAGACAUCAGCCUUGGAGGAGGGAUUGGAGGUCUGGGUGGAGGAGUAGACGUAGAUGCUAAUGUUGGAAAACCAGACAUCAACCUUGGAGGUCUUGGAGGUGGAGUAGACGUAGAUGCUAAUGUUGGAAAACCAGACAUUAACCUUGGUGGAGGACUUGGAGGAGGUCUUGGAGGUGGAGUAGACGUAGAUGCUAGUGUUGGAAAACCAGACAUCAGCCUUGGAGGUCUGGGUGGAGGAGUAGACGUAGAUGCUAAUGUUGGAAAACCAGAAAUCAACCUAGGAGGAAUUUCUGUUGAUAAACCAGAUGUUAGCAUUGGAGGAGGUGGUGACCUUGGUGGAGAUGUUGAUGCUGAUAAAAAAGGAAAGUUUGGAUUUGGAUUUGGCUUUGGCAAAUCUAAGAAGGAUGGUUCCAGCAGUUCUAGCAGUUCCUCAAGUAGCAGUUCAGAUUCCAGUGACUCAGAAGGAAAGAAAAAAUCUAAAAAGGAAAAGAAAAAGAAAGGUAAAAAGGGAUUUGGCUUUGGCUUUGGCUUCGGAGGAGGAGAUGCUGAAGUAGACAUUCCAAAACCUCAUGCUGAUGUAGGAGGUAAAAUUGGAAUCGGAGGAGAUAUGGGUGGAGACGGAAGUCUAGAUGUUAGUUCUAAUGUUGAAAAACCAGAUUUCAGUGUAGGAGGAGGAGUAGACCUAGAUGCUAAUGUUGGAAAACCAGACAUCAGCCUUGGAGGAGGACUUGGAGGUCUUGGUGGAGGAGUAGACAUAGAUGCUAAUGUUGGAAAACCAGACGUCAGCCUUGGAGGAGGAGGAGACUUAGAUGCUAACGUUGAAAAACCAGAUAUCAGUCUUGGAGGAGGACUUGGAGGUCUUGGUGGAGGAGUAGACAUAGAUGCUAAUGUUGGAAAACCAGACAUCAGCCUUGGAGGAGGAGUAGACUUAGAUGCUAAUGUUGGAAAACCAGACAUCAGCCUUGGAGGAGGACUUGGAGGUCUUGGUGGAGGAGUAGACGUAGAUGCUAAUGUUGGAAAACCAGACAUCAGCCUCGGAGGAGGACUUGGAGGUCUUGGUGGAGGAGGAGUAGACAUAGAUGCUAAUGUUGGAAAACCAGACAUCAGCCUUGGAGGAGGACUUGGAGGUCUUGGUGGAGGAGUAGACGUAGAUGCUAAUGUUGGAAAACCAGACAUCAGCCUCGGAGGACCUGGAGGUCUUGGUGGAGGAGGAGUAGACAUAGAUGCUAAUGUUGGAAAACCAGACAUCAACCUUGGAGGGGGAUUUGGAGGUCUGGGUGGAGGAGUAGACGUAGAUGCUAAUGUUGGAAAACCAGACAUCAGCCUUGGAGGAGGAGUAGAUGUAGAUGCUAAUGUUGGAAAACCAGACAUCAACCUUGGAGGAUUUGGAGGUCUGGGUGGAGGAGUAGACUUAGAUGCUAAUGUUGGAAAACCAGACAUCAGCCUUGCAGGAGGACUUGGAGGAGGAGGAGUAGACGUAGAUGCUGGUGUUGGAAAACCAGACAUCAGCCUAGGAGGAGGAGUAGAUCUAGAUGCUAAUGUUGGAAAACCAGACAACCUAAGAGGAGGUGAACUGGGAGGAGGAAUUUCUGUUGAUAAGCCAGAUGUUAGCAUUGGAGGAGGCAGUGAUCUGGGUGGAGAUGCUGAUGCUGAUAAAAAAGGAAAAUUUGGAUUUGGAUUUGGCUUUGGCAAAUCCAAGGAUGGUUCCAGCAGUUCUAGCAGUUCAGAUUCCAGUGACUCAGAGGGAAAGAAGAAAUCUAAAAAGAAGAAAAAGAAGGGUAAAGGAUUUGGUUUUGGCUUUGGCUUUGGAGGUGGAGAUGCUGAAGUAGACAUUCCAAAACCUGAUGCUGAUGUAGGAGGUAAAAUUGGAAUCGGAGGAGAUAUGGGUGGAGAUGGAAGUCUAGAUGUUAGUUCCAAUGUUGACAAACCAGAUUUCAGUAUGGGAGGAGGAGCAGAUCUAGAUGCUGAUGUUGGAAAACCAAAUAUCAGCCUUGGAGGUCUUGGUGGAGGAGUAGACAUAGAUGCUAAUGUUGGAAAACCAGACAUUAGCCUUGGAGGAGGCCUAAGUGGAGGACUAGAUGCUGAUGCUGAAAAACCAGAAAUCGGCUCAUCAGGAGGAUUCGGCAUUGGCGGAGGAGGAAUAAAUGUUGAGGCUAAUGUUGAUAAACCAGACUUCAGCAUGGGCGGAGGAGGACCGAGUGGAAGCAUUGGAGGAGGUCUUGGUGGAUCAGGAGGAGUAGACAUGGAUGCCAAUGUUGACAAGCCAGAGAUCAGUAUUGAUGGCAAUGGGGGCAUUGGGGGAGAAUCUAAUAUGGGAGGAUUUGGAGGUGGAAUCGGAGGUAUUGGCAGUGGCAGCCUCGGCAUUGGUGGUGUUGAUGCAGAAGGAAAGGGUGAUGUGAAGUUAGGCCUAGGUGGAGACGUUAGUACUGAGGGUGAUUUAUCUUCCAACAUUCCUUCUGCAUCCAUUGGUGGUGAUGGCACUGUGGGCGCAGAUAUCUCGGCAGGUGGUGAUGCAGGUGCUGGUAUCAAUGUAGAUAUGCCUGGGGGUGGCGUUAGCAUUGGAGGUAGCCUUGGUGUAGGUGGGGGAAAGAAGGAAAAGAAAAAGAAGAAGAAAGCCAAGAAAGAGAAAAAAUCUGGAUUCAGUUUACUUGGAGCCAUUGGGAUAGGUGAUGGAUCUUCAUCAUCUUCAAGUUCUUCCUCCGAUUCAGAAGGUUUCUUCUCAAAAGUCAAGGAAGCAAUUGGACUUGAUUCAGAUUCAGAUAAAGAUGAUAAAGAAGAAAACCCAAACUCAAAUAAUAACAAUAGCAAUAUCCUAAAUGUUAACAACAACAAUUCAGAUGAUGUUGAAGUACAAGAGAAUCACAAUAAUAAUGCAAAUGAUGAUGAGGUACCCGGAGCUGCAGGAACGAGUUUGCCUCAUUGGAAGUCUGGAGGAAAACAUAAAGAUUCUAGUGACAAAGCAAAGAGAAGAGGUCUUGGCAAAUUAUUUGGAGGCAAGAGGAAGCCGCGUGAUGUCAUGCUGGAAAUUCCGGCUGAAGCUGCAGAAGGGAGACCCAGCGACGAACAGCGCAAGCCUCUAUCGGAACUUCAAAGCAGGACAGAUGCCGCACCAUCCCAACAAGUCACAGUACCCUCACAGUACUCUAGGGCAGAAUUUCUUCCAAGGUCACCAGAAGCAGCAGCAGAAACAGUAGAAGUACCAAAGAGCAGAAACAAGAAGAGGAGAGCCCCUUUACCUCCAGCAGAAAGACCAGUUUCAUUAUCUCAUGAUUCCAUCUCAGAAUGUUCUUGGCCAUCAACUACAUCACUUGAGCCUGUGCCAGUAACAUCAUCGAAUUUGACGUCUCCAGCCUCAGUGCCACAGGACAAGAUUCCAAGGAUAGAGAUGCCAGCAACAGAAAAAGUCACGGGCCACCCCAUGACCCAAGCUAUGCCAGGAGGAAUCCAACCUGUACCAGUCCAACCGGUCACAACCACAUCAUCAGGUUCACCUGAGCAGAGGCUAAGUGAAUGAGGAAAACCGGCAUCAACCACUUAAUUGCUGGAUGUCAUAAACCAACAAGACUGUACAGCAACAUAGUCAGUUAUACCAUGUACAGCUGUUUAAUAUUUAAAAAAAUAUGUAAGUUUAUUUGUCUAUAUAAUUUUGUUUACAAAUGUUUGUUUACAUUCAGUUGCUAUUUCAGUUGUACUAGAACAUAUUAUUUUUUAAAUGAUUGAUAAUGUUAUUUUCUUGAAAAGUCUAACAAAUGGGUAAAUUGAAUUUAACCUUUCCUUAUAAGUGCAUAAAGAUCUUUUGAAAAUUGGAAAACAUUGGUAGUUUGGGGCAUUAUUUUAACAAAAAAGGACCAAUAAAUGUCAAAAUUGUACAAGUAACACUUGUGGAUAUUAGAUUAAAAAGCUUCAAAUUAUCAGAUACUAUUUAAAGUGAUAUUUACACUGGGUUUUUUAUCAAACAAAAUUACAAUCAUCCAAUUUCUCUUUUGAUGGAUCCAUAAGGUUGGUACAAAAUUCAUUGAAUUGCAAAAUAUUUGUGAAAAAUCUGUAUGCUUCCUUUCAAAUGCCAAUAAACUUAUGUGAGGUUUUAUUGAAAGAUGUCAUUCAUUCAAAAUCGUAUAUAUUGAAAGCUUAUAUUUUCAAUUACCCACUUUUAUACAAGGAAUGCUAGAUAAUGGAGUAAAUACUUGAUUUGAUGCCUUUCACACUCCUUUCCCAGUGAAAGGAUUGCUUUUCCUGUAAACGUUGGCCAAAAGCCUUAUGUAACAGUCCCUUCAAGGGAACUAUCGCUUCACCUUUGACCUCAUGACACAUUUUUCAGUUAUGUGACCAGAUGUGUCAUGGUCAUCGAUGGAGGGGGAAGGGCAAAGAGAAUUCCAUCUCAAAUUACAGAUUUACUUUCAUCACCUUUAUUGAAAAGUCUUUCAAAAUCCAUUCAUCCCCCCUAAUUUUUCUUCUGGACAAUUAUUUUUUCUUCAAUAUUUGUAAACAAUUCCACAUGAGAGUGAACACUGGGUAAGGGGUGUGGAUUUUAUCCCUUUCUAAUAAAAGCUGUUUAAGAACAUUGCUUUUGGACUGCAUGGAGUCAUCUUUUAUUACUAUCAAAUUUAUUCAUUUAUCAUUUCAUUUUCAUGUUGGAGACUUAUUUGUCUGAUUUCAUCACAGAAUUAUUAGUUUUGAUGUAUGAUAUCACAUUUUUGUACACAUGUAAAUGUUGAACCAGUUUUCUGAUCCAAAUGAAUGUUUGAUAAAAGAGAGUGCCUUAUACAAGUUACCUGCACAUUUGUUUAUCUAUGUUUAAGACACAGGGUUAGAAUUAUUAUUUUACUUUUAUGCAGAAUUAAAGAACAUUACGGAGAAUUGAAAUUCCCAUUUCAUAAAUCAAUUCCAGACAAAAGUUGAGUAUAAAGAUGCAUCCAUUUUUGUGAUGGUGCUCUUUAGUUUUCAUAUCUGCAUAGUUUAUAUUUAUUUAUUUUCAUUGCAUAUGACAAAGAGGCAUGACAAGAAUUGAAGAAGAAAGAAAAACGAAGUGGUGUAUUUUCACCAAAUGUGAAUUAUAUAAAAAAUGAAUCACUACCAGAAUUAAAAUGUGUAGUUGAUCAUGACAGAUAAAAAAGUGAUAAUGCAUGAUGCUGUUUCUGUGUUGAUUAUUUUGGUAACUUUACCCGACAUAGAGUUAUCAAAAUAUCUGCACAGGUAUGCAGCCAUUAAAGCACUCUGCAUGAAUAUAAAUGAGAAAAAAACAAAACAAAAAACUGUCAUGUUAGAGAUAUUAUAUUUUGAAAAAGCCUCUCAAAUGUAGAAUUUGAUUAACAAUUAGUAUUUGCAUUAUUUACAGAAUGAAAUUUAAUCUAGUAAUUGAUUCAAUUUAGCACAUUUGCAUAACUUAUAAAUAUAUAUGUAUUAUGGAGUGAAGAGGAAAAAAGUGUAUAGCUGUCACUGACAUUUGUUAUGUUUUUGUUUUUGAAAUUGUGAAGUCUGCUUCAUGAUUGUUGAUAGUGUUUAGCUUCUAGGAACGGAUCAUUGUGCUUAAUCCCGGCCUAGCAUUUUGGUCCAUUCCUAUAGCAAGUUAUUGUGAAGUACAGAAGACAAUUAAAAAGAGUCUAUUGAAUGACCUGAACAAAAAUGAAUGUUAACAAAUGGAUUUACAAAAAUGGCUAUAUUUUUAUUGUAAAUAAUUCUUGUACUGACAUGUAUGGCUAUAAUAUAACACUCCCAGUAUAAUCUUGAAUUGAAAAAUUUAUCCCAAUUUUGUAUCUUUCAUAAUAUGUGUAAUUUUGACUGUUCUAUAAGAAGAAAAUUACCUUGAACGCAUGUUUGACUUUUAAAAACGACUUCACAAUAUUGCUUGUUUGUAUUGCAUGACAUAAAUAAUAGGCAUAACCAGUUUAGUUAUUAAGCAAUAAUAUUCGUUAAGAGCAAGUAUUCAACGUAAAGAGACACUGGGUAUGAUCUAAUUGUGCCUUACACAUGCGCCCCUUUCUCCAUUAUUCACAAUUCACUUUGUCUUUGAGGAGACAUUUUGCAGUUUAGUUUGAAAAAAAUGGGAGAAAAUGUCAUUGUGGUUAAAUUAAUUUUGUAUGUUGAAACCCGAUUAUGUUUACUUGUGAAUAUUGUUUAGAUGAAUUGGAAGAUGCUAUGCUCGUAUGUUAUCUUGGUUUUUUCCAUCAAUAAAACUGAGUUACCUGAAGAAGUCAAAUAAAAUUUUAACGUUUGGCGAGAAUGAUUUGUCUCAUACAGACAGCCUUGCCGAAGUAGAAUCUACUGUGAAAAAUAAAAACUGCUAAUUUCAUGCAAA